AUGUCUCUCAAUACAUCCAGCACGGGUGAAUCAGCUCCGAGUCAAGCUCCCCCCAACCCAAUGCGGAUUGCAACAAUCUUGAAUGGUCCAGAGGGAGACAACAGUGCAGCGAAGCCCAAUCCUGAUACCGCAGGCGACCUCGUGAUUCGCGGAAUCAUCGACCUCGCAAUUGACACAGAGGACAGCGAAAGUGAGACGAAUUCCACGUCAUCCAGCGACACCGGUACGCAGCGGAAGAGAAGUCGACAACCUCGCCUGCCAUGCAAGAAGUAUGCAGCAGAGCAAGCAUACUGGAUUUGGUACCACCGUACAGAUCUUGGCGAAGGUUGGGACGAAGUUGAACAAAAGUUUGAUAUCCAGUUCGGCGAAUCCAGGAAGAAGGGUGGCCUUCAGUGCAAGUUUUAUCGGCUACUCGACAUACACGGGGUAGAGAAGGUGAGGAAGCAAACCAAGUCGGGGCACAAGAGGCGUGGGAAUAGAGUUGGCAAAUUCGGCGUGGUGCAGAGAACAACCCGGCGGUAUGCUUGGAUGUAA